ACUGAAACUGACAUUUGGACCUUCAACCCGUUGAACCCCAGUGAAGUCCACUAUAUGGAGAAAAAUCCUGGAAUGUUUUCAUGUUUUCAGGAAAUUAUAUUGUCAAACAUGCAAACUCUAAACCACGGCACUCCACAUAUUCUGCUAUUUGCACCACGUCAAAUCUUGUUUUAUUUAUUUUUAUGCAGUUUUUUGAUUGAGGGAGAAGUGUGGAGUUUUUGCUAUUUUAUACAUGAAUUGAAGCAAAGUUUCUGGAGCUUCAGUUUUCUCAUUAAGAUGCACAAGUUUCCUCAUUCUCACACAUUUCACAUUCAAAAUCAAGACUAAUGAAGACAUAACAAAUGAAUGAAUCAGAGUUGAUGCACUACCUGUUCUCCUGAGGGUCUCCUGUGAAUCUCUGCCUGAUUGAUCCGAUUACCUGGAAGAAAAAGCAGCUGAUUUGAGCGUACAGAGACUUUCAGGAGAGCUUUUCACAGUCCAGGUUUGCAUACUUGGCAUCUAGUGACGAUGACGUGGACGGUGGGUCUCAGUAACCUGGUGUUAGCGGUCUACGGAUUCACGCUGAUUAUAGGCCUUCCCGCCAAUAUCUUGGCUUUUUACACUUUCUUCCAGAAGAUCCGCCAGCGCUCCACCCCGAUGGACGUGCUGUUACUCAGUUUAACCAUCUCCGACCUGAUCUUCUUCUUUUUCCUGCCAUUUCGAAUGGUGGAGGCAGCCAACAUGAAAUGGACAAUGCCGUACUUCCUCUGCCCACUGUCAGUAUUCAUCUUCUACUCCGUCAUCGGCAACAGCACCUUACAUCUGAUGGCCAUCAGUGUGGAGCGAUACCUGGGUGUAGCUUUCCCAAUUAAAUACAAGCUGAAACGCAAGCCUCGAAAUGCCGUGAUAGCCAGCGUCAUGUUCUGGGUGGUUUCCAUGGCGCACUGCAGCAUCGUCUACAUCAUGCAAUACCACAAUCAUUUGAACCCCAACAUCACCGAUCCAUCGAAGCGUAACACCUGUUAUAAAGAAUUCAACACCGAGCAGCUCAAGAUCCUCCUGCCAGUUAGCCUCGAGGUUUCUAUUGUUUUCUUCUGCAUUCCUUUUCUCAUCUGCUGCUUCUGCUACAUCAAGUGCAUCUGCAUACUUUCCCGUCUAUCCAAAGUUCACGCCAAGAAACGGUAUAGAGCUAUCGGGAUGCCGUUGGGAACGCUUCUGGUCUUUGUUAUCACUUUCAUGCCCUUCAGCGUCUCAUAUGUGAAGGAAUAUGUCAGUGGCUACAGCGCUAAUUGGAGAAAAUAUGCUCUGCUCACCAGCACGCUGCAUGCAUGUCUCGACCCUUUCAUAUUCUACUUCUCUUCUUCAGCACUCAGAGAGACUUUCAAGAAGGUGUUGCAGGAGCUGGUGAGGCGGCUGCUUCCUCCCUGCUGCCGCUCAGCUCUCUGCUGCCCUUUAUUCAACCGUGGGAAUCAGAGGAAUGAAAACACAGUUCUGAUGACAGAAUCUGCUAACAUAUCAAGCCAGGUUUUGCUUUGAUUGAUGUGCUUUGCGUUGCCUGCAUAUGCAUCUUCAAUGAAUGACAUUCUGUCCAAAGCCAAUUCUAUUAUGCCACCGUGACCCAAUGCUUUAUGGAUGGACAGAUGGACUGCUUAAAAAUUGUUUUGGAAGAGAAAAUCAAGCAUGCACAUGAUGAUUGCACUAAUAUUUUUCUUAAAUCUGUCAUCAGCACAAUUUUAUUCACAAUGAAAUAAAAAGCUCGACCAGUGUGUGAACAAAUUACAAUGCAAAAUCUAACAUUCAAAUACGCAGCAUUUACUUACAGCAUUGCUAUGAUCAUAAUCAAGAUACUCUGAUACAACUUUGUGAAACAAGCUGUUUUUGUUACUAAUUUUUCAAUAAAUUUUGUGAUUAGGCUUCCGUUCUUUAUUCUUUCAUUCUGAACCAUUUACUUGUUGCUCAUGAAUGCUGUUUAUUUAUUUUCUUUGCAGCACUCAAUAUAAAGUUUUAAAAUUGCCAUCUCUUUAGAUAGACCAACACAAACUCCUGUGAUGUCACUUCCUGUCUCUGUUUGGAGUUAUACAGCGUGUGGAGGUACAAGUUUGAUUUGUAAUCAUUUAUUUAAAUUUUUUUCUAUAUGUUUUAUCUGUUCUCUUUAUAAUGGCUAAUAAGUAAUCUAAUUUAUUGUCACAUAAUGUGAAUACUGGGUGUCACUGAAACAGAUUCUGAACAGUUCCAUGUAUUUUUCUGUCUCGGAUGUCAGAUUUUGGUUAUUACUUUGGUUAAUGUCAAAGUUUAGUUUUUUACCUCAUUAAGUGAAGUUCCUAAACGUAAUUUAGGGAGGAGCAAGCCCAUCUAAUCUUCCAAUCAACAGCCAGAGUAUAUAAGCAGCUGCUUACCUCUCUUCAGUCUCAGCUAUUCCUCCACCUCCCCAAACUCCACCUUCAUCUCAGGUACCUUGCCCUAUGUAAUCAUAUCCUAUAUUUAUUCACUUUGGUGGGUAUAUCAGAGCUCGAGUUGAGGCUGCUUCAUCGAGCCCUUCCUCAGUGAACAGCAAGCCAAAUUAGCUAACCUAAUACUCUAAAGAUUAUAUGGGCAAACAAACUCAUUAAAUGACAACAAUGUUGUGUCUGUGUCUACAUUUUAGCAGCUGCAUUUGCAAGAUGUUUUUAUUUUAGACCUGAUGGGAUGGUUUUCAGGGUUUUAAACAAAUGCCGAACAGAGGAGAGUUUGCUGGCAAAAAGAGAACACGUCAGAGCUCGUAAUAUAACAAGAUUUAGCAAUGGCUUAGCUACAGUAACAUUUUCAGCUAGUCAGCUUGAGAUCUUUUCCAUUUAAAC